AUGUCUAAUAUCCGCCCCGUCGUACAAGGCGCUCAUAGCUCAACGUUCACAACUCCACCAGUGGACGGCAGCCUCGCCUUCCCCGAGUUACUGGCCUUCCAUGCUACGCAUAGUGGUUCACACAGCCUCUUUGUCUACGCCGAGGAUGGCGAGAAUAAGUCUAUCGACUACGCCGCGACCUUCCGCGCUCAACUAGUAGCUGCGGCCUACGUCAAAUCCACCUUCGAUGCAGGUAGUCACUUCUACGUUGACAAGAUCGAACGGCCUGUCUUUGGGAUCUUAGCCAACGCAGAUGCCAUAACGUACGCGACCGUCAUCUUUGGCAUCCAGCAAGCGGGGGCGGUGCCAUUCCCUAUUUCGACCAGGAACUCAGCGAUUGCAGUCGCCCAUUUACUUCGCGCCACGGGCGUUCGCCAAGUCUUCGUGAGCGAGGACACCAUCAUGCGAGGUCUGGCCGCAGAGGCUGCGGCUCUUCUUGCGAAGGACCAAUACGUCGUCGAGCUCCUCGACUUGCCUCGCUUCGAGGUUCUUUAUGAGAGGUCCACACCCGCCGAACUCUCUGAGUCAAAUGACUAUCGCAUCGCGCCUAUUUCGUCGGACGCUCUAGCUGUGAUCUUGCACUCGAGUGGAACGAGUGCAUUCCCGAAACCCAUCAAGAUGACAAGUCGCAACUUCGUCGCCUGGGGUUCUACCCUCUACCACGGAGACGUUGACGUCUGUGGCAUUCGUUUAGGUAUUCAGAGUUCACCGAUGUUUCACGCGAUGAGCUCCAUAGCGUUGGCAUGGGCAGUGUGUUGUGGUUUGGAACUCGCCGUAUUCAAGCCUGCGCGUCCGCCUGUGGUAGCUCACGCAACGGCAUUCCUGAAUGACCUUGUCCUAUCGAAGUCCGAGUGGACGAUGUCAGUUCCAGCUCAUAUCGAGGAGUGGUCGCAAGAUCCCGAAAGCGUCGGGAUCUUGAAGAGCAGUCUCAAGCGGGUCAUCUUCGGGGGUGGUCCUUUGAACAAGCAGGUUGGUGAUGCACUCUUCGCGGAAGGUGUCUUCCUAGACAACCUCUACGGACUCACCGAGGCUGGCCCUAUCAUCCGCAUGGCCAUUGCGUACGAUUCCCGCCCUGCGGAUUGGGAGUACUUCCGGUUCCUGAGCGCGGACUUGGCUACUUUUGCGAUGAUUCCCCACGAAGAACAUGGCGGACUAGUGGAACCUGUGCUACUGGCAGGUGAUUAUUACAGUCCGAAUGUCUUCAAUACAACGGUCGAUGGCCGCCCCGGUUACGCUACUGGUGAUCUCGUGCAGGAGCAUCCGGUACACAAAGGUCUCUAUAGGAUACAUGGGCGUGCAGAUGAGCAGAUCAUGCACUCCAACGGCGAGAAAACGAACCCUGUGCCCCUCGAGCGAAUUCUUCUGCAAGACCCUAACAUCCAAAUUGCGAUCUUCUUCGGACGUGGUCGCUUCAACACAGGUGCUCUUAUACAGCCCUCAAUGCCAUUUGACCCCAACAACGUCGAGAAGCUGAACGAAUUCCGCGACUCAAUCUGGCCGUCAGUCAUCCGCAUGAACGAGUAUGCACCCGCGCACUCGCGCCUUUUCAAGAACAUGAUUCUUGUGGCGACUCCCGCGAAGCCCCUCGAGCUGACAGCGAAAGGCUCAGCCCGGCGCAAUGCGGCAGAGACGUCUCAGGAUGGUCCCCACCCGCCAAGUUCGUGGACGCCGGAGUCGACGCUCGAGUUCGUCCAAGCGGUUGUGGAGAUGGCCAUGGAGCAGACGGUACCGGAGGGCGCUGAUCUUUUUGCUCUGGGCUGCGACAGUCUCGCCGCAACGACCAUACGUAACAACGUUGUCCGUGCUCUUCGCACUUCUACGACUGCAUCCACGACCGGCCUCGACGUAGCGCGCAAGGCCCCUCAGACUCUUGUCUACCAGAACCCUUCUAUCCGUGCUCUCAGCGACUUCAUCUAUGCUCUCGUCACUGGGAGAGAUCUCGAACCGGAUACCGAGACGAUCAGGCAACAAAAGGCUCAGGCCAUGGAGGCCAUGGUAGCCAAGUAUAGCAACGACUUCGUUCCUCUGCAGGUACCAGCCGGCGCCGGUCCUCUGCCAGAGCGGGAGACUGUUCUUGUUACCGGCACCACAGGGCGCCUGGGUUGCCAUCUCCUCUAUCAGCUCCUUCAAGACCCGAAAGUCGGCCACAUCUAUGCGCUCAACCGCGCAACAGGCCGAGGAUCGUCCCCGGAGGCGUUGCUUGGCCGCAUGCGCGGUGCAUUCGAAUCUUGGGAACUCGAUUCUGGCCUCCUCGAGAGCGGCAAGAUAACUCUCUUGGCGAGCGACUAUGCAGCCGACCGUCUGGGCUUGGAUGCAGAUACGUAUGCUGAGAUUCAAGGCCAACUAACCACGAUCAUCCAUAACGCUUGGCGCGUCGACUUCAACGUAGUCCUGUCCAGCUUCGAGCCCCUCAUCAUGGGUGUGCGAAACCUGAUCAACCUCGCAUCCCACGCUCCCACCCCUGGCGGUGCGCGCUUCCUAUUCGUUGGCUCUGUUUCGGUCCUAUUUGGUGCACCUGAAAACCAGAUAGCUCUUGAGGAGCCUAUUCUUGAUGCGCGUCUGUCUGCAGGCAUUGGCUACGGCGAGAGCAAGUGGGUUGCAGAGACGCUUCUGCUCCGCGCGCGGGACGCAGUCGGCCUACGUGCAUCAACCGUACGUGUGGGCCAAAUCGCCGGCGAUACGCGCGUCGGUGGCUGGAACAAGCAGGAGUGGGUGGGCGCCAUCGCUCGACUCGGACAGAUGGUUCAUGCCAUUCCCGAGCGCGACGAGCCGAUCUCGUGGGUGCCCGUCGACGUCGUCGCCACGACGCUAAUCGACAUGACGCGCUCGGAAGAGCCUGUCUUCAACCUCGUCGCACCCGUUCCGUCGGACUGGAAGACGGUGUUUGGCGCGUUUGCUAAGCAGCUCAACUUGCCGUUGAUGGCGUACGACAAGUGGACCUCGCGCGUCAGCGCCGCUGCCGAGACGUACACUGGCGAUCGAGAUGUACAGCCGCUCGCGUUGGCGGACUUCUUCCAGGCCGGGAAGUUCGGCGAGGGCACUACGAUCUCGACUGAACGCGCCUGCAAGGCUUCGCCUGCUUUGGCAAACAUGUCGCCCAUUGGCGAGAAGGAUGUGACGCUCUACCUGGACUUCUGGAAGAGGAUUGGAUUCUUGAAUGCGUCGUAG